AUGCGGCGAUCCGACAAAAAAGUGUCGACGGCGGCGGCGUUUCGACGGCACGAGCGCGACCAUGAAACGAAUUUGUAUAACAGUCUGGAACAACUGGAGCUGGAGUCACGAGGUGCAGGCGCCGGGUCGCGCGUAGCGGCCUACCGAGCUGAGUUGCAGCGCGUGCGGAACGAAUAUCGCUCCGUGCUUAACAGUGCUGGUGGAUAUAACAUAGACACAGAAGAUGUUUAUGACGACUGGGGUGCGAAUGAGCAGCAACGCACGCUGCUGGACAACUCGGAACGUCUAGAGCGAACCGGCAAGACCCUCACAGAGGGAUACAGAGUUGUUCUCGAAACGGAACAGAUUGGUGCGGCUGUGCUGCAGGACUUGAGUGCGCAAAGGGAGAGUAUACAGAGGACAAGAGGACGGGUAAUUGUCAUUAAAUUAUUUUAAAUUAAUUGCAUUCAGUACCUAC